AAAAAACGAAGGCUUCGGCAUGGGUUCAGGUCCGGCGCUCGAGCUUCCCUCCAUAGAUUUUUCCGGAUUGGGCGAUUCGGAGCCUGGAAGCGGCGGUUGGGAUUCCGUCCAAGAUGCUGUCCGGCGAGCGCUGGAAGAGUAUGGCUGCUUCUUGGCUCUGUACGACAAGGUCACCGAGGAGCUUCAUGACGAGGUCUUCCAUCAGAUGGAGGAGAUGUUCGGUCUUCCGGCCGAGACUAAGCGCCGGUUCGUCGACCCGACGAGGCCGUACGAUGGCUACCUUGCUAACCUCCCUCCUAACCCGGAGACCAUGGGGAUGCGCGAGGCCCUGAACUCCGGCGCGAUCGAACGCAUGGCCGGUCUCCUGUGGCCAGAGGGAAACGCCAAAUUCUGCGAGCUGCUGAACACGUACGUGAGGAGGCUGUCCGAGUUAGACUACACGAUCCAGAAGAUGGUGUUCCGAAGCUUUGGCGUUGAGCGCUAUCUCGACUCGCACACCGCGUCGACGGUAUAUUCCCUUCGCCUCCUGAGGUACGGAGCGCCGGAGGUGGAGGAGGUUCGGCCCGGUGGCAUAAUUCAUUACGACCCGAACUCCGUGACCAUGCUGCAGCAGAAUCACGUGAACGGAUUGGAAGUGGAGACGAAGCAUGGAGACUGGAUUAAAGUCGCGCCUUCGGCUUCCUCUACUAUCGUCAUGCUUGGAGAGUCAUUCCAUGGAUGGAGCAACGGAAGAUUAUACUGUCCUCGACACCGUGUGAUGAUGCGCGGGCACGAGGCCAGGCUCUCCAUCGGGAUCUUCUCCGGCGUCAAAGGAACCGUUCGGUGCCCCGACGAGCUUGUGGACGAGCAACACCCUUUGCUUUUCAAGCCCUUCGAGCCUGAGGACCUCGUCCGCAUCUUCGCCACGCCGGAGGGAUGGAACGGAGCUUCGGCCCUCAAAACCUUUUAUAGCGUUUCUAAUUGA